AGGACCCAGUGGAAGUGCUGGGAAAUGUGGAUCUGGAGGCGGACCCCUUCACUGGAAGAUUGGCAAGCUCAUACACCUGAAUGGACUUAUCUCUGUACAAGGUGGAGAUGGACAGGAUGCUGGCACGAGGUGGUGGAAGUGGAGGUAGCGUUCUGAUAGAGGCAACAAACAUGACUGGCCAUGGUGAGGUCAAUGUCAAUGGUGGGGACGGAAACCAAAAGGGUGGUGGCGGUGCAGGAGGAAGAAUCGGUAUCCACAUACGCCACCAGAACAACUAUGGCGGAAAGUUUACAGCCCAGGGUGGAAGUGGUGGUAAUGCUAAUGUGGACGAGGUUGGCGAUGGUGCAGCUGGAACUGUGUACAAGUAUGAGUCACGCCGAGGCCCACAGUAUCGCGAACUGAAAUACAACCCUAACUUAAAUGUCACGGUUUUCAAACCUGAUCACUCCAAGUUAAAGAUUGACAAUGGAGAAAAAGAUGUUGAUCAUCCUGCAAUGGUGAUGGAAGUCAAUACAACAUUUUACGAGUUUGACGAGAUUCAAGUGGAAGGUUAUUCCUAUGUACACUUUUACCAUCCAGAAGAAGCUGUGAAUGUCACAGUGGUUGCUCAUGAACUAACUGGAAAUAAGAAAGGACUGAUCCGAGUACAGAACAGACAACGGUUAUUCAUCCACAUUGUUGAGUCUACACAUACAUACUUGGAUGCACCAUGCAGCUUCCAUGUUGACCAAGGUGGAGAGGUGGUCCUCCCUACAACAGUUGUACUGUUAAGUGAGAUGACAGUUUUGGAAGGUCGGAUGACUGGAGUCGAAGAGCUUUACAUAGAGAGAAAUGGGGAACUUCGUAUCACUGGAACUGCCCACACGGCAUCUCUACCUGAAGAGGCACAGUGGUACAGUGAUGAUCCAUUUGAACCCUACACACCUGGUCUCAUCACCGCAGGAAGCCUCACUGUAAACAACCUAGGAAAGGUGACAGUCGAACUUACACCCAUUCAUGCAAUGUUUGACAUUGGGGUGGUAGAAAUCAAAGAUGGAGGUGUGAUACAGAUUGACACACAUCAUGCAACCAUCAACACAACGGCCUUGAGGAUUGAAAGAAGUGCAGAGAUGACAUCAACAGGAGGAGGCUAUGAUGCAAGUCAAGGCCCUGGAGCUGGUGGCACUGGCUCUGGUGGUGGAUAUGCCUCACCAGGUGGUGAUGGAGAAAGCAGCUCAGGAGGCAGUGCUUAUGGGUCCAUGAUCCUGCCCUCUGACCCAGGGAGUGGUGGAGGCAGAGCAUCAGGAGGAUCAGGGGGAGGACAUCUCCAAAUCCAAACUGGCAGGGAUGUUUUUCUGGAUGGAACUAUUUCAAGCAAUGGUGAGGAUGGUGAAGCCCAAGCAGACAGCGGUGGUGGCAGCGGUGGUACCGUCAUGAUAAACUGUCAGCAGAUCACAGGACAUGGACUGGUGCAGGCAAAUGGGGGUGUUGGAAAGGUCUUAUCAAGCCAUUAUGAAAAUGGUGGAGGAAGUGGUGGACGGGUAGCCAUCCACCAACGGGAGACCUUUAGCUUCCAAGGGACUGUUGAAGCCCUCGGAGCGUAUGGACGACAUUAUGGUUCAGCAGGGACUGUCUACAUCCGGGAGACACUGGGUGACACAGUGUAUAACCAACUCUGGCUGGACAACAAAGGUAGAACAUGCCGCAAUCAUGUGGUCAUCGACGAAAGUGGCCAAGGCAACUUCACCUUCCACCGAGUCCAUCUUGUGCGAAAGGCAUGUCUGCGAACCAAGCAGUUACCAAGUGGAAGUGCAACAGUGAGAAUCACACUGAUUACUGGAGAUGGGACGGGGACACUCACCAUCAGAAACAAUCACAUUGCAUUCAUCCAAACUGAUGAACUUUGCACAUUCAUACCUGCCAAUGUUGUGGUGGAAAGUGGGGGAUUCUUGGUCCUACCGUUAGAGACCACAAUACAGUCCACCCUGCAGGUUAGAGGUGCCCUAUAUGGAGUUGAACACCUUUAUGUCAAGGGAACUGUUAAGUUUUACAACUCUGGGUACAGUGCUUGUCACAAUUGUACACUGGGAAGUGGAGAAAGAGGUCAAUACUGGUUCACAGGGGUAACUGUUCUCAAUGGAGGAAAGUUAGAAAUUAUGCGAGGCAGGACAACAAACCUUCAUCACUACUCUGUUCAAGUCAGGACGUCUGAAUACUUUGAUGUGGACUAUGGAGGGGAAGUAAGUGUCGGGGAUGGUGUUGUUAUCUACACGCUUGAUACAAAGGUAGAAAAGAUUGCUGUCAUGACAGCUAACGGAGGUGGUUAUGUUGCUGAACGUGGUAAACGUGGUCCUGGAUAUGGUAGUACCUGCAGUGGUGGUCAUGGAGGUGGGGCAGGGCAUGGAGGAAGAGGGGAAUUUUCCUGUGCAGGAGGGACAUAUGACGCAGAAUGCUCCCCAACAUGGGUGGGCAGUGGAGGUGGAGACUGCUCUGAAGGUGGGGGAGGCACAGGAGGUGGAGCCAUGAAGGUGGUGAGCAGCCGAUUGCUACAACUGGAGGGAACAUUGACUGCUGAUGGAUCUCAAGCAUCUUUAGGCGGGGGAGGAGGAAGUGGAGGCACAAUAUGGAUUGAUGGAUUAUACAUGGAAGGAUGGGCAGGUACCUCAAGUACUGGUGGUGAUGGUAGUAGCCAUUGUUAUAAUUUAUGUAGUUGGAGUUCUUCUUGCUGUGGCACUCACACUGGUGGUGAUGGUGGAGGUGGCCGCAUCAGAAGCUACUCACCAAAUAGCCUUCCCAAGGUGCUCCGGUAUCGUCGCACAGUCAAGGAUUCCUCACACAACUCCGGAGCUGGAACAAUAUCUGAAGUAAACACAUGCUGCAGCGGCCGUGGUGUGUGGCAAGAAGACUCAGAAUCCUGCACCUGUAAUGACGGUUUCACCGGGCUUGGCUGUCAGGUCAAGUGUGAUAAUGUCGGGACCUGUAACGGACAAGGUGUUUGUGAUACAACUGGUGAGUGUGAAUGUAACCCAGGCUUUGUAGGCUACCGAUGUGAACAUCAGUGUGACCCUACAGUAGACUGCAGUGGGAAUGGUGUCUGUAGUCCAUACGGCACCUGCGUAUGUGACCCUUGCCACACAGGCAGUGAUUGUUCUAUUCUGUGCAGUGGACAUGGUUCUUGUGACAAUGGGCACUGUCAGUGUGACUCAUGCUACCUUGGCCCAUACUGUCACUCUGAAUGCAAUGGGAAGGGAACUUGCAAUGGUGGAGAAUGUGAGUGCAUAGAAAGCUGGCGAGGAAAAUUGUGUACAAUCGCAGGUUGCCCUGGCCAAGGAGAAGAUUGCUCUGGAAGAGGCAUCUGUAACGCCUACCUCCAUGAGUGUAUCUGUGAACCAGGUUGGAAGGGAGAGGACUGUACAGUUGCUGACUGUCCAGGAGAACCCAACUGCUAUGACAGAGGGCACUGCAAUUCCACCACAAACCCACCCUCAUGCCAGAACUGCCAAGAAGGGUGGAUGGGACCGGCCUGUAACAAUCCAUGUGUGCACGGUGUGCAGGAGCCAAUGAACAGUGGGGUCUGUGUCUGUGAGCCGUGCUGGAGUGGAAAAGGGUGUAACAGUCUCUGCUCUGGUCAUGGCACAUGUUCAGAUGACAACUCUACAUGUAUUUGCGAUCCUCUGAGUGGACGUAGAGGUGAUGUCUGCGAAGUCCCCGGAUGUCCAGGCAUUGAAGAAGACUGCACUGGCCAUGGAGACUGCAAUAGUGGGAUUCAUGAGUGUGAAUGCUACAACGGAUGGAUUGGUAUUGGCUGCCACAUCCCAGACUGCCCAGGAACUCCUGACUGCCACAGACGUGGUUUCUGUAACACAACAGGGGAAACGCCAACGUGUACCAACUGUAUCAGUGGCUGGAUGGGGCCAGCCUGUAAUGACCCAUGUGUCCACGGUGUUCAAGAUCCAAUGGACAGUGGCAACUGCAGGUGUUAUCCUGGUUGGGCUGGGUUGGGAUGCAACUCAGAGUGCUCAGAGCAUGGAGUCAUUGUUGGUGGCAGAUGUGAAUGUGAUUAUGACACAGGAUGGAAGGGUGAGCUCUGUGAUGUACCUGGCUGCCCAGGACUCUUUGGACUUGACUGCAGCGGGAGGGGUGGCUGUGAUAGUGCAACACACCAGUGUACAUGCUAUGAAGGCUGGACAGGGGCAGGCUGUGAAUAUGCUGACUGCCCAGGAAGUCCAGAUUGUGCUGGAAGAGGCAUGUGUGAUGGAUCUACUAGUCCACCCGUAUGUCGGAACUGUACACAAGGUUGGAUGGGCCCUGCCUGUGAGGAUCCAUGUGUUCAUGGACAUCAAGAGCCAAUGGACAGUGGGAACUGUGUUUGUGACUCUGGAUGGGUGGGAGUAGGAUGUGACUCAGAGUGUUCUGGACAUGGAACAAUUGAGAACGGCCACUGUGUCUGCUUCUAUGAAGAAGGCUGGAAGGGGGAACACUGUGACAUCCCUGGUUGUCCAGGUAUGUCUAACCUGGACUGUUCAGGAAGAGGUGAAUGUAACAGCGCUCUACACACCUGUGUCUGUCAUGCAGGCUGGACCAAUAUUGGUUGUGAGGACCCAGAUUGCCCUGGACAUCCUGACUGUUACAAUCGUGGCACAUGUAAUGCACUCUUUGACCCACCGCGAUGUACCAAUUGUUCACUAGGCUGGAUGGGUGCAGACUGUAAUGACCCCUGUGAGCAUGGCCACCAAGAACCCAUGGACAGCGGUAACUGUGUGUGUGAUGCUUGCUAUGCUGGCCGGGGUUGUACCAGUGAAUGUUCAGGCAAUGGUGUAUGUGAAAAUGGAGAAUGUAGGUGCUCUGACAACUGGCGUGGCUCCCUGUGUGAAAUCCCUGGGUGUCCUGGAGAAGGGGAAGACUGUAGUGGACAUGGGGAAUGUAACAGCGUUCAACAUAAAUGUUUCUGCUUCCCUGGCUGGAGUGGAAAUGGCUGUGAAACCCCAGAUUGCCCAGGAGAACCCGACUGCAACAACCGCGGGUACUGUAAUGGUACAGGACGAUCUACACCCAUUUGUACAAACUGCCAGGAAGGUUGGAUGGGUCCUGCCUGUGACGACCCAUGUGUCCAUGGAAAGCAAGAACCCAUGGACAGUGGCAUCUGCAAAUGUUAUACUUGUUACACCGGAUACAACUGUGACAGUGAAUGUUCUGGCAAUGGUCAGUGUGUCAAUGGUAGAUGUGAGUGCGACAACUGGAUGGUUGGGAACAGCUUUGUGGGAGAGCUGUGUGAGCAGCAAGGCUGUCCUGGUGAGGACUGUAAUGCUCAUGGUUCCUGUAACUCAGCCACACAGACCUGCACGUGUUACCCUGGCUGGAUGGGGAUGACUGCAGCAUUCCAGACUGCCCAGGAUCACCAAGCUGCUCAGGUCAUGGAAAGUGUCUACCAACAGUACCACGUACGUGUCUCUGUGAGUCAGACUGGGCAGGGGAAAUUUGCGACAUUCCCUGCCUCCAUGGCAACAACAUCAAUGGCACAGAAUGCAUCUGUGAGGACUGCUACAGUGGUAUAGGCUGCCAUGACGUCUGUUCAGGCAACGGCAUUUGCGUCAACAAUACUUGUGAGUGCUACUUUGAAGCCGGAUAUAAAGGAGAUGUGUGCUCUAUCCCAGGGUGUCCUGGAUGGCCACAUGACUGCAGUAACCAUGGCACAUGCAACCUUGCUGUGAAAGAGUGCACCUGUGAUCCAGGAUGGAGAGGAGUUGGCUGCCAAAUUCCUGACUGCCCGGGAACCCCUGACUGCCUGCUGAGAGGUGAUUGUCUGGUACCACCUGGAG